AUGUACUACGCUUGGACCCUCCCCACAUCGGUCUACAAUGUUGUCGAGACGACUCUGACAAGCCACAAGGUCGUCAUCUUCGGGGUCACCGACCCAGAAGGCUCGUCAGUCGCCCACGCUCUUCUCGAGGAACCUGGCAAGUUUCGUGUCAUUGGCAUCUGCGGAGAUGUGACAACGGCUGCGGCCAUUGAACUCAAGGAGCUCGGUGUCGAGUUGAAGCAGUCGGACCUCAAGAACCCCGCAAGCUACAAGGACUCGCUCAAGGGCGCAGACGGCGUCUUCCUCUCCACCGACUACUGGACCUUUUACAACGGUGACAACCUGCACGACGCCAAGAACAAGGAGACGGCCCUUGCUCGCAGCGUUAUCGACCAGAUCAAGAACGCAAAAGUUGGUCUUCUGGUCUACUCCACUCUCGAGAGCUGCAACCAUGAGAUCCCGCACUUUGAGAGCAAGUCGGAGAUUACCGGGUACAUCAAGGAGGUCGGCAUCCCUUCCACUCAGCUGUACACCUCGACCUGGUACUCUGACAUUCUCCACAUGCCAGUCAGCGAGAUUGAUGGAAAGCUCAUCCUUCACCACCCUCUUCCGGACAACAGUGUUAUCCCGUCUUUUGCCGUCGAGCAGAUUGGUCUCUGGGCGAUGGUAGCUUUCAAGGACCCCAAGAAGUGGAUCGGUCAGAACAUCUACUGCGCCGGCGAGAACGUCACUGUCGGACAGGUAGCCGAGUGCCUGUCCGAGGCCACUGGCAAGCACGUCGAGACCCUCCACCGCACGCGCGAAGAGUUCCUCGAGGAUCACCACAUGGACCGUGCCAAAUUCCUCGAGUACCUUGCCAUGCUGAAUGGCGAGAUCACACGCGGUGUAGACGUUGCACGCCAGCAGGUCCCUUACGCGUGGGACCUCAAGACUUGGAUCAAGCACAAUUCCGACAAGAUCCACAAUGUCAAGUCUGCGCGUUCCAUGGCCUCUUCAUACCAGUCGGUCUCUGGCGACCUUGGGGAGUUUUCCAGGACCCCCGCCAUGGACACUGCCUCCGCCGCUGCCUCGGCGGCCAGGAAGGAUCUCGACUCUCCGGGCUCACCAGGCGUGAGCAACCCUGGCGCCACCACUUCGGAGCCGGAGGAGAUGGACAUCACCACACCCGCUCCGCCUCCCACGUCCACCUCCUCGCCCGCCACAAAGACCUCGUCUCGGCACCAGCUCCCUAAGAUCGAGCGACGCGAGUCUCUGGCCAUCCUCAUGCAGGCCCGCCAGUCCGCCAUGAUCCAGCGGGAGCAGGCUGUGCAGGAGGAACGCCGUUCAAGUCACGACAAGUGGCUUAUCGCCAAGCUUGCCGAGGAGCGUGCCAACAGCAAGAUUGAGAAGAUCGAUACCGCCAUUCUGCACGAAGAGCAAGCUGAGGUUAGCGAGAGCCACGAGAAGUGGCUCAUGGACAAGCUCGCCGACGAGAGGAUUAAGCACAAGGGCGACCCCCACGACCCGGUUCACGUCCUCCCUACAAGCUACCCCGUCAGGAAGAGCACCAAGGAUCGCACGGGAUCUAUUGUAAUUUCCCAUGCCCACAACCCUCCUCGAACUGCUGAGGAGCUUGAGAAGGAGAGGUUUAUGGUUGGAUAUGGCCCCGCGUAA